AUGAAAUGGAUCUCUUUGGUAGCUUUAUGGAUUUGGACUACGAUAACUCCAGGUAAUGCGGAAAAUUGUCCCCAAUACUGUUUGUGCUUGCAAGGUCUUAUUUCAUGUCAAGAUGCUCGAACAAGCACGGUUCCAGUCAGCAAUGUGACACGUCCAGAUGUAUUAGUUCUAUUCUAUAAUGGAACUUCUGUUAGAUCAAUCAAAGCACAAAAUUUUAUGAACUACCCUAAUUUGUUAAACAUAAUUUUUGCCCAUAAUGCCAUCGAGGUCAUUGAGCCAAAUGCUUUCUGUGGAUUAAACGGACUUCGGAAUUUACGAUUAAAUUCCAAUGGCUUGAAGCGGAUUAACAAUGACACUUUUGCAUGUUUACCUUAUUUAAAGAUCCUCAAUAUGGAUUAUAACGAUAUCGAUGCGAUCGAAUCGCGAGCACUGUGUGGACUGAAAAAUCUAGAGACCUUGCAUUUAACUAGCAAUAAUCUGAAAUCCAUACCGCAAGAUACGUUUUCUUGCCUAACGACAUUAAAAUUUCUAUAUUUAGAUUAUAAUGGCGUAGGAGUAAUUGAUCCGAAGAUGUUUUGUGGACUGAAUUAUCUAAAGACAUUAUCUCUUACUGGUAAUCAAAUUAAAAAAGUAUCGAACGAAACUCUGGCAUAUUUAGAUUCAUUGACAACUCUGAAUUUAGGCUUUAACGAUAUUGAUACAUUAGAUAAUAAUCCAUUUUGUGGCAUAAUGGGCUUGCAAUUUCUAUCUCUUGAUCAUAAUUCGAUCGAUACUGUUGAAGAAGAUACAUUUUCAGGAUUGCGACAAUUAAUCAAAUUGGAUCUCGAUUAUAAUCUUAUCGAAAGCAUUGAGCCAAAAUCCUUUUGUGGAAUCAAUCGGUUGCAAACUUUGCGUUUAUCAUUUAACUCGAUAAAUACAAUAGCUGCUAAUUCAUUUUGCGGAGCCCAAAUGAUACAAGAACUAUUACUGGAAGGAAAUGAAUUAAAAGAACUACACAAUGAUAGUUUUGCCUGUCUUUCAUCUUUGACGAACUUGCACUUGGAAGGUAACCGUUUAACAGAACUUUGGUAUGAUAGCCUCGCAUGCCUAGGAUCCAUUACAGGAUUAUUCUCGGCGCUUUACCCAGACUAUAAUAAAAUGGUAUUAAGGUCUAAUAAUAUCCAUACCAUUUUGAAGACAGCAUUUGACGGACUGGAUACAUUGCAACGUUUAGACUUGACUGACAACGCAUUAUUUGCCUUAAACUCGACAACAUUUCAAAAUUUAACUGCGUUGCAGGAACUAUAUUUAGAUGAGAAUACCAUUAAGAACUUGGAAGCGAAACAAUUUGAAAACCUAUGUAAUUUACGAUUUUUAUCGUUAAAAACUAAUGGAAUCGUAAGUGUGCAUCCUGAAGCAUUCUUUGGAUUGCAUAAUCUCAAGAGAUUACAGCUCGAUGGCAAUCGUAUCAUCAAUAUAAAGGAUUUAAAGUUACCGGAUGCUUUGACAUUGGAUAUUUUGGAUUUAUCCGAUAAUUUAUUUCAUGAAAAUACUAAUUUUCACUUCUAUGAUUAUCAAUCCUUAAAUUUAUCCUAUAAUUUCUUACAAGAAGAUUUUCCCCUGAAUUUCUCUAAUAUUCCAUCGCUACGUCAUUUGUGA